CUCUGCUCAUGUCUUCAUUGUGAUUUUUGCUGUUGUCUGCUGUUGCUUGUCUCAUUGGCCACACUUUCCCGGGGCCUCCCGAGGGAGGCGACCAGGAGAUGGAUGAGUGUGUGGGUGGAGGACGGAGGCGGGCGGAACUGCCCAGACCUGUCUGCCCUGGGUGUAGUGCCUCAUCCCAGGUGGACAGGAUUCUCCUGGGGGUGGCAGUCUGACAGCCAUCCACCCCGUCCCGUCACCGCGGGCCACAGCUGCCUGGGGAGCAUGCUGUCAACAACCAUGGUGGGGGCCCUGGUCCGAGGAUGGAGGAAUCGGAGCGCUCCUCGGAGGGCUGGAUCCAGGCUUCUCCUCCCACAGAGCCAGGACGGGAUUCGGAUCCGGGAUGUCCACCAGUUGCAUCUUGAUGUGCCAUUAACUGUAACCGAAGAUCCAGAUCCCAAGACCACAGCCAAGCCUUCCCGCUGCCAAGAACGGAAGGCGAUGGAGCUCUCGGACAGUGACCGCCCGGUCAGCUUCGGCUCCACGUCGUCUUCGGCUUCUUCCCGGGACAGCCAUGGUUCCUUCGGCAGCCGAAUGACCCUGGUUUCCAACAGCCACUUGGGCUUGUUUCCCCAGGACAAGGAAGCUGGGGCCAUCAAGCUGGAGCUGGUGCCAGCCAGGCUGGUUUCCAGCAGCGAGCUGCAGAGGGACAGCCUGGCCGGGCAGCAGAGCCCGGAGGUGGGCAGCGAGAGGCAGCCCUGGGCCCAGCGGAGGGGGGAGGCCAGCGGGGCCGCCAAAACAAGUGCCGAAUCGGCCACCAGCCCCAAGCUCCUCUACGUGGACAGAGUUGUUCAGGAGAUCCUGGAGACGGAAAGGACGUAUGUGCAAGAUUUAAAAAGCAUUGUAGAGGAUUACCUUGACUGCAUCAGGGACCAAACCAAACUUCCUCUGGGGACAGAAGAAAGAUCAGCCCUUUUUGGAAACAUACAGGAUAUCUACCGCUUCAAUAGUGAACUUUUGCAAGACUUGGAAAACUGUGAAAAUGACCCUGUGGCCAUAGCAGAAUGCUUUGUGUCCAAGAGUGAAGAGUUCCACAUUUACACCCAGUAUUGCACCAACUACCCGAGAUCCGUGGCCGUGCUGACGGAGUGCAUGAGGAACAAGACCCUGGCCAAGUUCUUCAGGGAACGUCAGGAAACUCUGAAACACUCGCUGCCUCUGGGGUCCUAUCUCCUGAAACCAGUUCAGCGGAUUCUCAAGUAUCACCUCCUUCUGCAUGAAAUAGAGAAUCACCUCGAUAAGGACACAGAAGGCUACGAUGUGGUGCUGGACGCAAUAGACACGAUGCAGCGAGUGGCCUGGCACAUCAACGACAUGAAGCGGAAGCAUGAGCACGCCGUCCGGUUACAGGAGAUACAGAGUUUGCUCACCAACUGGAAGGGGCCAGACCUGACUAGCUACGGGGAGCUGGUGCUCGAAGGAACCUUCCGCAUCCAGCGGGCCAAGAACGAAAGGACCCUCUUCCUCUUUGACAAGCUGCUUCUCAUCACGAAGAAGAGAGACGACACGUUCACGUACAAAGCUCACAUCCCGUGUGGCAACCUCAUGCUCGUGGAAGUGAUCCCCAAGGAGCCGCUCAGCUUCAGCGUCUUCCACUACAAGAACCCCAAGCUGCAGCACACCGUGCAGGCCAAGUCACAGCAGGACAAACGCCUGUGGGUUCUGCACCUGAAGAGACUGAUCCUGGAGAAUCACGCGGCCAAGAUCCCGGCAAAGGCAAAGCAAGCAAUACUAGAAAUGGAUGCCAUUCAUUACCCUGGCUUCUGCUACAGCCCCGAGGGACAGGCGAAAACCUGCUCCACUCCCUACCGGCUGAGAAGAAAAUCUGAACCUUCCUCGAGAUCACAUAAAGUUUUGAAGACCAGUGAAACAGCACAAGACAUUCAAAAGGUGUCCAGGGGAGAAGACUCUCCCCAGCGGAGGUCGGCGGGGCCGUCACCCGCGCAGAGGAACAGCCAGCCCAGCGGCUCGGCCAUCCUCAGCGCCCUCCGCGGGGGCGCGGCCGUCAGGAACAUCUGGACGGACCAUCAGAUCCGGCAAGCCCUGUUCCCCAGCCGCCGGUCCCAGGAGCACGAGGAGGACGACGACGACUACCAGAUGUUCAUGCCGUCCUUUUCCUCCUCCGACCUGAACGCCAGCCGGCUGUGCGAAGACGGCACCUCCAGCCGCCCCUGCAGUUGGCACCUGGGACACCUCGAGCCCACAGAGCCCGCCGGCUCUGGCCACAGGGUGGUGAGGCGGGCCAGCAGUGCUGGCGAGAGCAACGUGUGCCCUCCGGAAAUAAGGAUCCGGGACAGCGACGGCUCUCAGUACAGUCCGCAAAGGGAACUGCAGGAGGACCCCAAGACAGACGGGCAGGACGGAAGGACACCCUUCGGGUCAUCCAUCGAGCUGACCCUGGACGACAUAGACCACGUCUAUGAUAACAUAAGCUACGAGGACCUAAAGCUCCUGGUUGCCCAGCGGGAAGAAGCUGAAUCGGCCACCCCCAAAUCAGCCAGGGACUCUGUGCGACCCAAGAGCACCCCGGAGCUGGCCUUCUCCAAGAGCCACGAGAAGAACCCUCUGCACGCCAGGAGAGGGGCGCCUCGGCCAGGGCGGGAGGCGUCCGACCAGAGCAUCCAUGAACUGGAGGCGGUGGAAGAGAACAUCUACGACACCAUCCGCCUCCCAGACCCGCCCGCGCUGGACCUGAGCUGCAGCAGCCUCCCGCGGCCCAAGAGGAACACCUUCCUGGGCCUAGAGGCCGACUUCGCGUGCUGCGACAGCCUGCGGCCCUUUGUGUCCCAGGACAGCCUGCAGCUCGGCGAGGACGAGGCGCCCUACCCCCCGGGCCCCUCGGACAACCACUACUUGAGCUUGCUCUACGACUCCUUCGGCUGCAGCCUGUCCCUGGCGGAGAAGUCUCUGUCCGACAAGCUGUCGGAAGAAGUGGACGAGAUCUGGAACGACCUGGAGAAUUACAUCAAGAAAAACGAGGUCAAGGCCCGAGACCGGCUCCUUGCGGCGUUCCCUGUCGGCAAAGAGGACGUGGUGCCCGACCGGCUGCACUCGGAGAGCGCCCCCGAGCUGAGCCAGGACGCGGCCCGGGCCCUGUCCACCCUCUCGCUGCCCGAGAGCCGCACCCUCCUCACACUGCAGGACAGGCCGGGCAGGGCCAGCCGGGCCAGCUGCCCGCUGGGAGGGGACCUCCUGGCUCAAGAAGGCUCCUUUCUCAGCCUCAACCGGCUCUCUCUGGCCAGCGAGGGGCCCCGCCUGGAAAAUCCCUACGACCUGGCCAACAGCAGCCUGUUCCAGGCGGACCUGGACAGCCUGGAUCCUGGGGUGGAUGCCACGGAUAAGACCAAAAGCCGGGUAUUUAUGAUGGCGAGGCAGUACAGCCAGAAGAUCAAGAAGGCCAAUCAGCUUUUGAAAGUGAAAAGCCUGGAGGUGGAGCAGCCCCCGGCCAGCCAGCCGCCUAAAGCCGGGCACAAGGACCUGGCUGCCAUCCUAGAAGACAAGAAGCAAGGAGGGCCCGCCAUCGGUGCCAGGAUUGCUGAGUAUUCCCAACUGUAUGACCAGAUUGUGUUCAGAGAGACUCCCUUUAAGACUCAGAAGGAUGGCUGGUCCAGCUCUCAAGAAUCUUCCAACCUGAGAUCUGCAUCCCCUUCCCAGACCCAACAUGGUAGCGAGGAUUGGCUUUUGCACUCAACCUACAGUAAUGGAGAAUUAGCAGAUUUCUGUCACCGGCCAGGGCAAGACUUGAAGCCAAAAUAUCCUACUUUGGAGAUCAACACAAAAAAUAUUCCAAGGCAUUUGUCCACAGCCUGCUCUGUGCCUUCUCUGCAAACCUCCGACCAUCUGCUGGGCUCCGUGCAGAGACACAGUGUGGUGGUCAGUCAGCCCAACAAGGAGAACUCAUGUCAAGGCCAUUUUUACAACUCUUUGGGUCGGAAAGGAUUCAGCGCUAAAUCUCAGCCUUAUAACAGGUCCCAGUCAUCUUCCUCCAUCUUGAUAAACAAGUCAGCGGACUCCAUCAACUACCCUAAUGAAACGGGGAGGAAACAGCUGUUGUCUUUACACAACAGUUCAAGGUGUGAGAGCCACCAGGAUUUGCUGCCUGGGAUAGGUGACUCGCGUCAACAGGGUACUGGAAAAUACUCCGAUCUCACUCUCCAAGACUCACAGAAAGUUCUGGUAGUAAAUAGAAAUGUACCCUUAAAUGCCCAGAUAGCUACCGAGAACUAUUUUUCCAAUUUCAAAGAGACUGAAGGAGACGAAGAUGACUACGUGGAAAUAAAGUCAGAAGAAGAAGAGUCAGAGUUUGAGCUAUCUCACAAUCGUAAAAAGAGAUCUGACCCAAAGAUAGCGCAUGCAGACUUUUCUGAUAAUGUCGGCAGCAACAACCCUCCUUGCUCUCUGAAUAGUCCGAGCACUCCCAAAAAGCCAGUGAGCGGCAAACUUGGGGUUUCGCCCUAUCUGACACCAUAUGACGAUUCUGACAAACUGAAUGACUAUCUUUGGAGGGGCCCAUCUCCCAAUCAGCAAAACAUUGUCCAGAGUCUGAGGGAAAAAUUCCAGUGUCUUAGUUCUAGCAGCUUUGCCUAAGGCUCUUAACAGCCGCUGCCCGCAUUCACUUCUUCCUAUGCUCAUGACUGGGGCGUGUUUUCUAUGUACCGGAUUAAAAACAAUUUUGUAAUGACCAGAGGUGUAAAAUGUACUUUCUUUUACAGCACAACUUGUUGAAUGGCUGAUGAUCCAGCCAGGAUUGUACUGUAGCCAGUGUCGGCAUCUUACCUGUUUUCUGAUGCUGGUUAUCUUCCUGUUUCAUGUAAGUCAGUCUUACUUGAAAAUUUCUAGAUGC